UAUUAUUUACAAACUGACAUUUGACUUUUGACGUAAAGAUUAUGAAAGAAAAUAUAACGAAACGCAUUAACUGAAAAUAGGUGAAUUUGAAAAAAAAUAAGAUUAUUCCGUUUUUAUAAGUUAUCAGAGAUGAGCUUUCGCGAGGAGGACAAUCAGAGGAACUGCCCAAGCCGCGGUUUAGGUCUCGCGGCUGCGGCUAUCGGCGUCGGGGUUGGCGCGGCUCUGUACUACUUCUUCAGCAAACGGCCUGAACAUCCCACACCAUCUGGCUCCACUUCCGAGGCAUGGCACUGCGAAACUGAACGAGCUUUCUUAGAGGAGAACAGUUCUGAUGAUUAUAGCACGAUAUCUGAGCAUAGCACCACAGACACUAGCAUUAACGAAGACAGUGAAAACUUUUGCAACUGCAGUAACAUCUGUUCCGAUGAAUCAGAGACUGAGACCGAGUACAGCGAGACUGAUAGUAGUCAAGCGAGCAUAGAGUCAAGUCUCUCGACAGAAGACUCCGACCGAUCCUUAGAUUCUAACGGUGAUACCAACGAUUUAAUGUCACGGGUGAACGAUGUCAUAGAUAGUGCACUGAUUGAGUCGUCUGGAUUUGUGGAGUGGGACGUAACUACUACACUCGAUGUUCCAUCAUUCACACCGACAUUUAAUAAUCAAUUAAACAGUUUUCUAACUAGUCUUUUCUCUCCUAGGCGGUCCACCAGGAAUGAUGGAAACACCGCCAGCGCUCGAGUAUUUCGUGAACGUUCAAGGACCGAGGAGCAGUGUUCGAUAUGCUUUGACAUGAUACAACCGAGUCAGGAGUGUAUGGCCCUCCCCUGUACACACUUCUUCCACACCACCUGCAUCCUGCCGUGGCUGGAGCAGCAGCAGACCUGCCCCAACUGCCGCAAAAAUAUUGACUGAUCACAGACCUCAACAGACAGUAUGUCUCAGCGGGAACUGAGCUCGGGAGAGAAUUUUUGGCAGCCGUCUAAGGAUCCUCAAGUCCGGCACCAGUCAAGACUUAGACGUCUGCCAAAUAGUACCAAUAGUUUUAUUGUAUAUUAAAUUUAAACAAAACUUUUAGAAAAUAGCUAAUAAAAUGUUUGUGAUAAUCUGUGAUGUGAAAAAAAAUAAUAUUUUGACAUAAAUAUAGAUGCAUAAAGUUUAAUUAUUAAAUAAGGCCACUGUACCUUCCCUCUCGCUAGUCCUUAUUAGAUUUACUUGUAUAUUUUUUUAUCUAAAUUAUCUUUGUUACUGAACUGUAGAUGUAUUUCCUAUCGCUUUAUAUUUCUGUUUAAGAUUUUAUCUGAAUAAAUGAAGUUUUUAAUGUU